CUUUUUUGUAGCGUCUUCACGCGUGACCGAACAGCGCAACUACUGUGCAUCUGGUUUUCUGAGUCAGUUGUUUAGAUUUGUGCACUGGAAAAACACAACACCACCAUAAACAGACACAGCAAACAGUGCCGUGAUUUAUUUUUUCCUCAAUCUGAUCAUCCACGUGAAGGUGCGCGUCGAAAACGUAUUAUGGCAGAAAAUCAAGACACAAUCAAAGAGAAGGACAGUCUCGCGCCAGACGGGGAGGUGCCACAGCUCGAUCUGACCAAAACAUCGAAGCAGCUUUAUUUCGAUCUUCUGCGAACAUGGGUGUACCAUGCGGAGCUGCAAACCCACAUGCACACCCACUUCCCGUACUAUCUGAUGAGCAACUAUCCGCAGUUGUUUCAGCUAAAUGCUGGCGGUGUACCGUCCGCCACUCCCAACAUGGGAUCCUUCAUCGGCGGAAUACCGCCGACGACGGGCGGCAGUAGUGCGGCUGGGUUGAAUUCAUCCGGUACCGCACAAACGCAACAGGGCCAAAAUGCCACCGUGAACCGGGGUCGGAACGAACAGACGGACCCUACACGACCCGACGAUGCCAUUAAUCGCCACGGAGGGUACGAGUACGUGAUUGCACCGCUCUGGAAGCGAUUUGCGGCCGAAGCCAUCGAUAUAGCGAUUAUAUUUCUGCUUAAGAUAAUGACGACACUCGCCUUUAUAGAUGCAUUCGAAAUCGAUCUCUUAUACAUGGACCUGGACGCGAUCCGCAGCUCGUUCGAGGAAGACUACACCGAGCUGCUAUCGUUCACCUCGGAGCUGAUACUGCUCGAGAUAGGCAUCAAGAUAGCGGUGUGCAUCUAUGAAGCGGUCUGGACGGCGCAGGGCAGCGCCACGCCCGGCAAGAUGCUGAUGGGCUUGCGGAUCGUGUACGCCGAAUCGGUGACGGUGCUGGAACCGCAACCGCAGCCCGGCCUGCUUAGCAAUCAGGUGCCGCUGCGGGCGCUCCUGUACCCGGGCACGACGCCCAGCUUCGUGCGCGCGUUUGCUCGGGCCGCCGUCAAGAAUGUGGUGAUAGCCUUCCUCUUUCCCAUGUGUCUGCUGCUGCUAUGCUUCCGGCAGAACCGUUCCAUCUACGACGUCAUGACGAAGACGGUCGUGGUGGAGGACAACCCGAAUCCGGUGCUAAGGCGGCGCUAACCGGGGGGGGGGGACACGCACCGGAAUGUUAAAGGCUGUGGAAAGCUGACCCCGUACCAAAAGAGCAAAGGCCAGCGCAGCAGCAGGUGUUGCAGGGCCGGCAAGGGCUGGAAGACGGUUUUGUUUUGUUUUGUUUUUUUUUAAUGGUUUAGAGCGUAGGUAGCUCGCCCUCCCGUUUAGAUUUAGAUCGUACCGUCCUCAAGUUAACCAAAUACAAAUCCGCUAUGGUGCAGAGUUA